GGCGUUCCAAUAUUUAUUUAGUCAUACAGAAACUAAAAAGAAAAUGAAUUAUUUCCAGUUAUAGCAACAAUAGUAAAAAAUGAAGCUACAGUAUACAGAACAAAAAACACAGAUUUCCAAGAGAAGCAAAAUAGAGAUCAGUUGUCAAGGAUAAUACAAGCAUUAAAUAGAAAUGAUGAUGAAGAAAAUCAAUAUGAAAAGUCGAAAAAUGAUAUCACUGACAAUCCUGAAGACCCUGAAGUGAGAAUACACGUGAUCAAGAAUCCUGAAGUACUGAAACAAUAUAUUAGGAAGUUGAAAAGAGAGUCCAGCUUGAGUGAUGACGACAGCAGCGGCCACAGUGACAUGGGGUUUGGCAACGAUCUGGACAUCAGGAGAAACGCUAUGUUCCGGGUUACAGAUUCCAAUGAAGAAAAAGACACCCCCAGCCCAAAAGAUGAAGAGCCCCACGGAGAAACUAAGAACUAUCCACAAUCCAUCGAAGAGCAGGUCACACCAUUCAAACCACACUUAGAAGAAUCAGGAGAGAAUAAGAAAGAAGUAGACGGUAAAGGGGAUUCGUUUUCUAAUUUAGAAGAUAAUAUAAACCCAGUAACAAAACGUUUCAAAGUCAAAAGUGAUAGACAGAAAGAGAAAACCACUAAAGAUGUAUGGAAUUUCGAUUGGAAAAAAGAUGACGAUAAGACUAAAAGUGAGGAAAAAUCCAAGUUUGAUUCCUGGGAUGCACCUGUCAAGAAAAAGCCUAAAGACAACGCUUGGGAUGAUAUAGUCGAAAUGAAAGUAUCCGAUAACUGGAAGAAAAUUGCUGACAAGGAUGACAUUACUAAGAAAAGCGUUUGGGACGAACCGGUACAGUCUAAAAAGAUGGGCAAGAAGAAAAGAGGAUCUAGGAAACAGAAGGACUUGUGGGACAGCCGCGAAAUAGACUGGGACAAAAAGAAAAAAGAUAGGUUUGAAGAUGAGCCGAAAAAGGUUAGCGUGAAAAAGAAAGCUGUCAAUAAAUGGGAUGAGAAUAAGAAUUGGGAUGAGCCUAAGAAAUGGGACGAGCCCAAAAAAUGGGAAGAGCCUAAACCUAAGAAGAAGAAACAGGAUUGGAGCAAGCCUAAGAAAGUGACAGAUGAGGUCGACAACGACUGGGAUAAAGUGGGCAGAGAAUGGGGGAAAGCUAGAGAAGAUUCCAGGGAUAAUGGAAAGACUUCACGAAGCAGUUGGAAGCAAAAGAAGUUUAACGAUGAUGACAAAAUUUAUGAGAAACCGAGCUACGUUGCUAGGAUCCCAGAAUACCAUAAAUCUAGAGAUAGAGCAGGGGGUAGUUCAUUCCAAGGAAGAACACCUAUACCAUUUAUUGGGAAACGCGGGAUUUAUGAUGAUAAGUAAAGAUUGAAUAACA